AUGAUACAGUCUCGCAAAGGCUUCCACGACAUCCCCCACUACCCUUUGGAAACGCGCAUCGUGACCCGCGUGUAUGCCGGUCCGCUUAGACGCUAUGCUCGCUAUUCGGCCCUCAGAGAUUCCAUGUACGGUCCUGAGAUCCCUCGCAUCAGAGUUAUUUGGGCUUUGGAAACCAAAUGGAGCGCCUUCCCCGUUCUGCCUCCCAAAGCCGGCGCUUCAGAAGUCAGAGGCAUCAUGCCGAGCCCUUGGGUUCCGCAAGGCUUUGAGAAGAACCAGACAUUAGCAGCAUCAAAGUGGUAUGAGGGGUACCACCUUCAUUGUCCCGUUGAGGAGCUCCAGGUCUGCCAUCACGUUGCCGCCCACCAGGGGGAAAGUCUGGUACCAAACGCAAAUGGAGAGCUGGUGGCGCUGCUGGGGCCAUGGGAUCGCCAGCGAGAGUUCAUUCUGCCUCGGCGCGGAAGCUUGGAGAUAGCAGAAAACGGUUCGCCAUUUACAGAGGAUGAUAUCGUCACAGAUGGUGAAGAAGCUCGAUCGAGAGGGUGGAUGAUUGAUGUUGGGGGCAUUCCUCUGGCAAUAGCUUGGGCACCUUUCUUCCUCAGGAACAACAGACAGGUCCUUGCGGUAGCUACCAUCCCUUUCUCGGACCAAGAUUCGUCCCUCGUCGUCGAAGAGAAUUCCGGCAACCAUAAUGCUACUUCGGAGAUCCAAGGAUCUGUCCAGUUUUGGGAAUUCGCUGCUGAAGAAGACAGCAGCAAGGAAGGGAUGGCAACGCCUGCCAAACGACCUUCCCGUCUUCUGGGGGCAAAGUGCUUUUCGUGGGGCCGGCCCAAGCGUAUGCAAUUUUGUCCAGUCCCCAUGGACGAGUCCGCGUCGCCUUCAACCAACGGCAUUCUUGCUGUGCUGUGCAGCGAUGGAAGAGUCCGCGUCAUAGAUUGUAAGGCGAUCCAUGAAGAUCAAGCACCGAUGGUCACGUUUGGACAGGACAAUGACUACAACGUUGAGGUUACCUGCCUAACCUGGGCUAACACGAACCGCCUCGCGCUUGGUCACAGUGAUGGAUCAAUCACGCUGUGGUCAGUCUAUCCCAAGACGCUGCUGCAGCGCCACGGUGCUCACACGACCUACGUUAUCGACAUCUGCUCGGCCUAUCCGUCGAAUCCAUAUCUGGUCGCCUCCGUCCCCGUGGGCGGCUGCGCGACUUUGACCGACAUGUCACACCCCAGCUCCGAGUUCACCUACUUCCCGGUUCCGGCGAUUAGCUUCCAGCCCAAUCUGCUCUGUUGGAACGAGUCGAUGCAAGGCUUCAUGGCGCUGUACCCCUCGUCCACUCCCAACACCACCAUUGCGUUUCUCCAUCAUCGCUUCUUCGCCCAGGCCCGCAGCAUCUGCACCGGUCCCAACACGCUAACCUGUGUCUCGGUUGGCACGACGCACCCUUUUAUUCUUGUCGGCUGCGCAGAUGGGUCGGUCUUCGCUUGCAACGCACUGCAGAAGUUGUUUAAGCAGAAAGGGGAACCACUGAGGAAACUCAAGAUCUUUGAGCAUGAAUACAGACCAGUCGUCGCUACUCGGAGUAGCCAGGGCAAUUCCAUCCGCGGUGCAGUUCGGAUACUCCAGGGAUACUUGCCCGAGGUCAACGAUGACCCGCGAACAGAAAAGAGAAAAGAAAUGGACCGUAAGAAGAGGUUGGAGAGGGAGAAAAAGAGCAAGUACACAGCCAGCGGGAAGAAGAAGGGUAGGCCCAAGAAGAAUGCUGGUCUCGAACCUGAACAGCCUGAAGAGGAGCACGACCUUGAAGGGGAGCUGCAGGAAAAGCUCGCGUCCAGGGUCGUAAUCCACGAGCCACUGACCAGAGUCACGGCCGUUGCGUGGAACCCGAAUACUAACUUCAGUUGCUGGGCUGCCAGCGCCAUGGCUUCCGGCAUCAUCAAAGUCAUGGACCUGGGCGUGGAAGACUUCAGAGCGUAA